AUGUUCAGUCCUAAACGCACAGUAGUUUCUCCAUCGAAUAUUGAACUGGGGGAAACUUCUGUGCCUUCUCCAAAUUCUCAGACUGACAUAAUGAACAUUUUUCCUUCUCCGCCAAACUCAACACUUCCUCCUGUAGAAACACCUGAUCCUAAUUCCUUACAAGUAUCAACUUAUGUUAUGUCGCCAAACAAUCAUACUACCGUAACACCUAUUCGUAGUAUUACACCGACUGUCUAUGCAUAUAGAAAUAAAAAUAGUGAAAAUCGGAAUCGAAGAGCAGCAGCAGCAAUAUCAAAACUAUGUUGUUGUUGUUGUUGUUGCUGUAAUGCACCAGUGUUAGCUGGAUUGCUUAUAGCAUUAAUGCUAGUUGCUGCAAUAAUUAUUCCUACAACUAUAGUAUUAACAUCGAUUAGAAACGAGUCAACAAUGACAACAAAUACAACGACAGCAACGACAGCAGCGCCAACCACAGACACAACAACCACAGGAGCGACAACAACAAUAACAACAGACACAACCACUACAGGAGCAACAACAACAGACACAACCA